CAUUAUUCUCAGAUAAUGGUAGACCCCUGCCAAUAAGCAUUUCAAAGAGCACUGUAUCAGUGAAGGCUCUUUCAUUUACAAGAGACAGAAAACCUAACUCAAAUUGGCUUAGGCAAAACAACAACAAACAAACAAACAAUGGCAUUUAUUAGCUCAAGAACGCAAAGGCCCUAGGGUAUUCUGGCUUUAGGCUUUGAUUCAGAGGUCUGAUUGCUUUCCUCCAAGGUGGCCUUGUUGUCGGGUUCCAUGAAGUGGACAGAUUGCUGCUCUUUCUGGUAGAGAAAAUGGAGGACCUUUCCCCUCCCAGACCCAGCAAAAGUGUCCUUGCAUCUCUGAAUCAUUCCAAGAUGGGACUGUGACCUAUCAUGAAAGCGAGGACACUGUGACACUGCAAAGGGCAAGAAUGAGUCAUAUGCUCACCCUGGAGUGGGGAAGGGGGCAGUUCUGUGCCAAUGGAAGGCCACAUACUAGGAUGGAGGAGGUGGAUGCUAGCUGAUAAAUAGGAAAAAAACCCAAGGGGAUAUUAAAGGCAGAGUCAAUAUACCUGAACCUGUUAUGGAUAAGGUAUUCGAAUUAUUUUAAAUCACUCACAUUGAAGCCUAAACUAGACCAGAGAUACUUAGGAUUUUUAGACUUUAAUUUUGUCUCCUAAAUGCCCCUGCCUAUUCAUGCCUCUCUUUCCCACCCUCACCUUCUCUCCUUUACCAAGAAACUAGAACACAAAAGACCAACCCACUCUACACAAAAGAUGCUUUAAUGUAGUACCUUUAAAAGAAAAAAAAAGGUUUCACUGUACUAUUUGUGUAGAUUCAGCUUAUAGUAAGAAAUCAGGAGAUAGAGGGUCCAUUUACUAGUCGACUGUUGUUUUUUCAGGCUCUUUGAUACAGAAAUCUAAUUUUUUCACUCACAAUCAAUUUGGCAUUAAAAGAUCCCGUAAUUUGGUCCCAUUAGUCACGCACUUUUAUCUUGACUUCAGAGUCAGACAGAAAUUCUAGCUCAUACAUUUAAAGAACUGUAGGCACUUGGUCAAAUCAGUCAUCUCAAUUUCUUCAUUGGAAAAGAGAGUAGUAUCAUCUGCUAAAUAUUUUCUUUCUCUCUUAUAUAUCCUGUCUGUUUAUCUACUUACCUACCUAUCUGUCUCCUCUAAACAAGCAUGUAUACAAUCUCUCAUUUAAUCUUCCCAACAACCCUGUGAAGGCUAGAGGGUACCUAUUUUACACACCAGGAAACAGGCUGAAUGAAAGAAGUAACAAGCUAAGCUUGUGUUGAGACCUUUGGUGUUGGAGGAGCUGUGAUUUGAAACCAGAUGGAGCAGAUUAAAAGGGCAAAUAAACUGUUUACGAAUGAUUGUAUAUUUCUGAAGAAAACUUUGAACAUCCCAGUUAUAUCAGAGAAGCCUUUGUUGUUUAAUGGACUUAACUCAAUAGAUUCUCCAGAAAAUGAAACUGUUGAUAGCAGUUUUUCUCAUGAAGAAGAGCCAGCAGCAGCUGGAGAAGACCUCUCUCCUUCCAGUCCUCAAGAAUCUGAUGUUCAGCCUGUACAACCUGAAGAAGUGUCAGCUAGAGAUUUCCUGCAGAGACUAGACUUGCAGAUUAAGUUGUCAACACAGGCAGCCAAGAAACUAAAAGAAGAGAGCAGAGAUGAAGAAAGUCCUUAUGCAGCUUCCCUCUAUCACAGUUAGAUGAUCAGGGACGAUAAUCUAACCUGGAUUAAAAGGUGGUUGGAUCAUGAAGAAACCAACAACUAAAGAUUCAAAAGCAUAUACAUCCUUAAAUCACAACCAAAUAGUUUCACCUACUGCAAUUGCACUGAUGUGAUUAUUUCCUCUGGCUUUCUAUGAUUUUAAGUCUUUAUUAUGGCAUGAGAGCAAAAUUGUAUCCUAAAGAUCAUCACUUUUGAAGGUGAUGGUAGUUUUUAGACUAGUUUUUGUAAAUACUAGUUAACAUAAAGCAUCAAAGACUAUAUACAUAUUCAAGCUGAAAACAGUGUUUAUCUUCUGAAAAAUCCUAAUGAUGUGAAAUAUAUGGUUGCUGUUUAAGUGAUGCUGAUUUUGCUAUGUGUUUAUAACUUAAGUGCUAUAUGUAUAUAUAUAUUUCAAUAUGUAUUACAAUAUUCUGUAUUAAUAUAAAGAACCAAAUUUUGUCUGCUAUUUUGUAAAAAUAAACUACAAAAGCCUGAAUGAGAAAAUAAACUAUGUUUUCAUAUUUGAGUCUGUAAUUUUUUUCAACAAAUAGAAAUAAAAUUGAUUUUUAAAUUA